UUCCAUCUUCUUGCCAUGAAUGAAUCAAUGUUAUUCUUCAGCUGUUUAACGAAACGAAUUGCAAAAUGUCAAUUAGAAAAUAGAGCAACGAACUGGGAAAAAAUAACAUGAUCGCCGAUAUUCGCUUUUAUAGUGAAAGACCAAGCUUCGAAAAUAAUCAUUAAACCUGCUAGCAAGUUGGAUGCUUUUUAUUCAUGAGUGUACUUGGAAAUGAUUGUUGCUGUGUAAAAAACAUCGAAUUCCAGUGCCAUAUAAGAGGGAUAUUAUUUAAGUUGUAAGAGUACGUGUACAAUAUGCAUAGAUUUCUGGAUGAUGACGACUCCGUAAUUAACAGCGGAAAUGACCUAUGGUUGACGACUGUAGCAGGCAGCAGUGUUGAAGAUGAACACCAUCAGCAACGGACAGGAACUGGCUCCAGUCGACUGUCAGCAAUAUUUCUUAUCAUCAAUGCUGCUCUUGGUGCUGGGCUCCUCAAUUUUCCCCAGGCAUUUGAUCAAGCAGGAGGAAUUGUGACAGCCAUCACUGUCCAAGUGAUCCUGCUGGCAUGGAUAAUGUGCGCAUUGCUGAUCUUAGCCCACUGCUCAGACCAGACCAGUGCUCGAACAUUACAGGAUGUCCUGGAAGGAGUUUAUGGUCGACCAGGACUCAUCGCCUGCUCAUCAGCUGUUGCGCUGUAUUGUUUUGGCACUUGUGUCACAUUCCUUAUCAUCAUUGGAGAUCAGUUUGACAGAGUUCUGUCAUCACUGCAUGGUUUGGAUUUUUGCCACUAUUGGUACAUGAACCGCUACUUCACAAUUGCAUUGAGUUCUUCGGUAUUCAUACUUCCUUUUUGUUACUCCAAAAGGAUUGACUUUCUCAAAUAUGUUAGCUCGGUGGGUGUUGUCGCAGUGGUGUAUGUAGUAAUCCUCAUUGUCUGUCAAAAGUACAUGGGGAACUUCAUGCCAGGCCCUGUUAAGACUGGCCCUUCUCAUUGGACAGAUGUGUUUCUGGUUGUCCCUGUAAUCUGUUUUGGUUACCAGUGUCAUGUGAGCGUGAUACCAAUCUACGCAUGUUUGCGUGAACGAAACCUCAACAACUUCACACUGUGUGCAUCGGUCGCCAUUGGUGUAUGUGUCGCGGCAUACACUCUAGCUGGAGUGUAUGGGUAUCUCACGUUUGGAGCCUACGUGACAAGUGAUAUACUCGAAUCGUACUCUGGUUCCGACAUGCUAGUACUUAUUGGGAUCUUAGCGAUAGCAAUCAAAACCUACACAACAUAUCCAAUUUUGCUGUUCUGUGGCAGGGAAGCUGUAAGCAACCUGUGGGCCAACUUGUUACAUAAUAGUGAGAGUGAUGUAGCAGUGAUGGAGCGAAGGCGACGCGUCACCAUAGCAACCAUCUGGUACAUUCUUACACUUGUCCUGGCAGUACUGAGCCCAGACAUAGGUUCUGUGAUUGAUAUACUGGGAAGUCUGGCUGCUGUUUUCAUAUUUGUAUUUCCAGGUCUGUGUCUGAUGCAGUCCACUCUACAUAAGGAUCCUCAUAUUAUCCUCAACAAGGAUAGGUUUGCAGUCCUUGCAGCCGUCCUCUUCAUUCUGCUUGGAACAUUUAUUUUUGGUGUCGUGUUUGUCCAGGCUGCCAUGCGCCUCUAUAACAAUCCUCCAGUGAAUGUAAGGCUUUGUAAUUGAUAUUAUGGUGGCUGG